UGACACAUUGCGAGUAAAGCGAAAUAAAUAUUAUAUUUAAUUUGCCGGGGAAAUACUAAAAUAUAAAAGCUAACAGAACUUUGUUUGUGUUAAGACUGUAGGGAAUCCCCUACUUAUUCGUUAUCCACCUUAUUGUAUUUUCUUCUUAUUCAGUAAGUGUUGUGAGACUUGUGAGCAGAUAAAGUUGUUAGUUCUGUUAUAAGCAGUAUAGUUUUUUAGCUCUAGAUGAUGGCUGCCCUAAACCACCAAUUAAGAACCGAAAUCUAUAGCAUCUUGGAGCAUGUAGCAAAGUCAAAAAAUAUUGAAAACUACCAAAUUAAUCCAGAAUCCUUUAAAUUACAACUAGGAGAUGGCUUUGUCUGCUUAUUUUUUAAAGCAGCAUUAACUGAUAAAGACACAAAUGAAAUUAUUGAGGUGGCAAUUAAAAAAGCAAGCAACAGACCUUUGGAUUAUAAUAACAUAUUUGGCAACGAAAUUGCUUUCUAUUCAAAAUUGAUUCCAGCAUUAAAUAAUCUGCAAGGACAUUUGCCCGCUGUGGAUCGCUUCAAUAAUAUUCCAGAUUACUAUACCUCCAGUAGGGAACCGCAAAAAGAAUUCAUUGCUUUAGAAAACCUUUCUCCUCAAGGCUAUUUUCUAUAUGACAAAAGCAAGUAUUGGGAUCAGAAACAUUUGGAAAAAAUUUUCACGAUAUAUGGAAAGUUUCAUGCAUUGUCUUUUGUUCUGAGACGAAUCCAUCCAGAAUUAUACAAUAAUAUAAUAAGUGGUUGUAAAGAUAUUUGUGCUCAAUUGACUGUGGAAGGAAGCGAUUUAAUGGAAGCAGCUAUGGUAGAUGCUGUAACUGCCUUAGAUAUGACAUCAAAAACCUAUGAUAUUGCCAAGGAGCUAGUUGGAAAUGUUAAAAAUACUUUAUUAGAAGCUCUAAGAUACAAUGGUGAUUUUCGAUGUAUUACUCAUGGCGAUUGUUGGUCAAAUAAUAUGCUUUUUAAAUAUGGGGAUAAUGGUGAAAUUUUGGAUGUAAAACUCAUAGACUUUCAAUUGAUGACCGAAAGAACACCAAUACACGAUCUCUCCUAUUUCUUCUAUUCGGGUGCAUCUAAAGAAGACAUGGACAAUCUGGAAUUUUACUUGCAAAUAUAUUAUGAGAGCUUUUCAAAACAUGUCCUUGGACUGAAGCAAAAUCCCGAAGAAGUUUUACCUUUUAUCACCCUUAAAAAAGAGUGGAAAGAGAAUGGUAUAAUUGGCGUUAUGUUAAGCAUCCAUUUAUGGCAGCUAAAACUUCUUCCUAAAGAAAAUUUUAUAGAAAACUUACGAGAGAAGAACAUAGAGAAAAAAGUGUCGGAUCAGGAAACUCGUGAACAUUUUGUAAAAAUUUUAAAAGAAGUGAGAAAAAGUGAGGACUAUCAGAAGAGAACCAAGGAUAUUUUGGUACAUGCUUGUGAAUAUGGGGUGGUUAAGAAAGAGAAAAUUGUUAAAGUCUAUCAGUGAUGAGCACUUAAAAAUGUUAGUUUUACUUUAAUAAACGUUUUAGAAGGUUAAAAAACUUCAGUAAAAAAUAUUUAUUAGAUUAGGUAGUUAUCACUGAUCUUUUUAAACUUCUCACACAAUGAUCCUUUGCAAUAAGAAUAAGAUAACUUCUGUGGCAAAGGAUCACUGAUACAUCAGUAACUAGUUUAACUUGGAACAUACAGUGCUUUCAGUGAAUAUAAUAACUUCUUAAAAAUUCGAAAAAAAAGAUCGAUAAAAUAUCCUAUAUUUUCAGAUAUUUUUGAUCACUAUUCGUUGAUACGUUAAUUGUUAUUUUUUUUAAAGAAAUUAUUAAGCGUAGUGCGUUUUGAAAUAAAAGCACUGUAUAUCUAAUGCAAAAUUCAAAUUUAGAAAACCAUGUAGUCUUUGCUUUCUCUUUCUAAUAGAAAUGAUAAAAUUAGCAACAAAAAUGUUAUCAUCCUAAAAAUCACGAUUUUUAGAAUCAUUAACUAGCGAUAAUUGUGACAAUGGCCUUUUUGAUUCCAUGGCUGGGUACCAGGCCUAUCAGGUAUCGCACCCAUCAAGAUAAAAAAAAACAAAACAUCGCUAUUCAUGAUCAUGAUAUACCCACGAUCUUUACAAAUGACCGCGUCGAGAAAGCCGAACAUUUAAAACAAUGAGCGCGUCCAAUAAAAAAGCAAUUUAUUAUUGACAGUGUAAGCCUUCAUCAAUUUUUCAAUCGAUAUGUUGUGCCGAAAUCGACGGAUCAACGCAACCGACAGACGAUUGUUUUUUUGUUUUCGCAAUAAAAAAAUGACUUGGUGUAAAAGUAUUAUAUGGAAUAUGAGCCUCCUAUGGUGCCUCCCAACUUGGUUUAAAACAGGGAUUUCAUUUGUAAGACACGAACUUUAGUCACGAUAGUUUUAUUUAUAUGGGAUAUCGGUAGAAGCCAAUGGUGUAUUCAAUGUAUAGUACUGCAAGAUCCUGCCUUUGCUUCUUUCCAGGCUUUGAAAUUACGACAGUUCAUGACUUGCUUGGAGUAGUACAAGUUGACGGUAUGAAUAAUGAAGAUCAUACAGAGAAUAAAUCAACAAAAGGGAGGAUAUUUAGAUCAGUAAAUUUAUAAAAAAUAAUAAAAAAAUGUACUUGGGCAGAACUUUCAGGGUUUCUAGAACUCAAUUUGUCAAUGGAUGGAGAAUCUUGAGGCUUAAAUUAUAAAUACUAAUAUAAGCUUAAAGUACACGAUAUAAAAGUCAUGUACUUAGACAGUUAUCAAAAACUAUGAUUCAUUUACAACUUAGAGACCAGUUGUAAACAAUGGUCUCAGUUGCAGGCUUGCUCGAAAUUUUGUGCUUUUUGACCAAUUAGAAGCAAUGCAGAUUCGUUUAUGUCUGGCCUCUUGGUUAUAAAUGGUUAAUAUACAGAUUGGCGAAUG